AUGAAAGAUGAUAUAGAAGUUGUAGAUCCAGAUUCACAGGCUUCUAUAGCUAAACAUUAUAAAGUAUGUAGGUUAAAUCAAAUACCUACAACGUCUGUAGAAAAAAGAUAUAACUACGCUUACUUAGCACUAGAUGAAAAGUGCAAGUCUUUUAGCUUUUAUACUGAUCUUCAUCAAGAAAAACUUGAAAAAGAAUGA